GUGGCUAUGCAUACAACGACUAUCUUGCCCAAAUCGUACCUUCGCAAAUCUCUCGACGCCAGUUCGGAAUGGCGCAACGAAAGCGGUAGUUGAUCGACUGUUGAUCUUGUUAUUAUGCCUACAAAAGGAUCGACGGAUGGUGGGCCGCUUGUUGUCUUCCUCUCUCUCUCUGCUUGCUAUCCUCGAGCUGGAACUCUAUCCUCGCCUCUCUUUUCAACUUUAGAGUUCUUGAUUGAUCGAGUAUCGGCACUGCUGAAAGACAAGCAUACACCGUCUAAUGAAUUGAGCUUGACAUGCACGGAUAUGGAGUCUGUAUCGAUAUAGAGUUUUUCUGACUAGAGACGCCACUGGAAUACAGAAUAACAGCUCGACUCGUAUCGCUCAACUCAGCGUAUUGGCGUUUCAGCUUGCGAGCUGGUUUCUCGCUUCUGAAAUCAUCCUCUCCCUGUCCUGCCUGUCACUCGCUAGCUCUCCGUCAUGAUGCACGCUGAAAGACCACCCAUCAAGCUUGUGUCAACACAGAACCAUCCAUUGACGCCCCCUCUUCUGGAUGAAAAUUGAGAUGCCACAU